ACUUGUUCAUUUCUUGUCCUUUGCUUAUUGGUUCUCUGUUAUAUUUUACAUAUGUUAUGUGUUUCUAUGUAAAGACAUUGAUUCUUGGAUUUAUAUUUAUUGAAGAUAGUUAGAUAGUUGUCUCGAUAUGGUUUCAGGAGAGUUGGUCACUUAGCGUGGUCGAUAGCUUGGUUUAGAAAAUGACAUGGAGGAUACUGUAAACGAAAAGCUGCUGACAGAGGUUCGAAGAGGAGAAGAGGAUCAGGAAGGGAGUCUGAAAGAGAGAAUAUGGGUGGAGUCGAAGAAAAUGUGGAUCGUGGCUGGUCCUGCAAUAUUCACAAGAUUUUCAACGUUUGGAGUUAAUAUCAUUACCCAAGCAUUCAUAGGCCACAUUGGACCCACGGAGCUUGCUGCUUAUGCCUUGGUGGCGACUGUUUUGCUGAGAUUUGCAAACGGCAUACUGUUGGGCAUGGCAAGCGCAUUGGAAACACUAUGUGGCCAGUCAUAUGGUGCAAAACAAUAUGACAUGCUUGGAGUAUAUCUUCAAAGAUCAUGGCUUAUCUUGUUCUUAUGCUCAAUUGUUCUAUCGCCGUUAUUUUUCUUUACCACCCCAAUUCUGAUAGCUCUAGGCCAGGAUGAGUCCAUUGCUGAAGUGUCAGGAACCAUUUCACUCUGGUUAAUUCCUGUGAUAUUUUCCUUCAUUGUAUCUUUCACCUGCCAAAUGUUCCUCCAAGCACAGAGCAAGAAUCUGAUCAUUGCAUAUUUGGCAGCAUGUUCACUGGCAAUCCAUGUUUUCCUCUCGUGGCUCUUAACAGUGGAAUACAAAUUCGGACUUAGUGGUGCCAUGGUUUCUACAAUUUUGGCAUUUUGGAUACCGAAUAUAGGUCAGCUUGUUUACAUAUUUGGUGGAUGGUGCCCAGAGACAUGGAAAGGUUUCUCCAUGUUAGCCUUCACGGAUCUUUUGCCUAUAAUCAAGCUCUCUUUGUCAUCUGGUGUUAUGCUAUGCCUUGAACUCUGGUACAACACGAUUCUAAUUCUUUUAACAGGAAAUAUGAAAAAUGCUGAGGUUGCUAUUGAUGCUCUUUCUAUCUGCCUUAAUAUCAAUGGCUGGGAAAUGAUGAUAUCUCUUGGUUUUUUGGCUGCAGCUAGUGUGCGAGUCUCAAAUGAGCUCGGGAGAGGAAGUUCCAGAGCUGCAAAGUUCUCCAUUGUGCAAAUAGUGCUAACAUCAUUUGCUAUUGGAUUUGUGCUAUUUAUAUUUUUCUUGUUCUUUCGGGGACGGCUAGCUUACAUAUUUACAGAGAGUACUGCGGUUGCGGCUGCUGUUGCUGAUUUGUCACCUCUAUUAGCCUGUUCAAUACUGCUUAAUAGCGUUCAACCAGUUCUUUCUGGUGUUGCUGUUGGGGCUGGCUGGCAAAGCACCGUGGCAUAUGUGAAUAUCACCUGCUAUUACUUAAUUGGAAUUCCAAUUGGAGUUGUGCUUGGCUAUGUUAUCCAGUUGCAAGUUAAAGGUGUUUGGGUUGGAAUGUUGCUUGGUACACUCACUCAAACUAUUGUGCUAAUAAUAAUUACUUACAAGACUGACUGGGAGAAACAGGUAUCAGUUGCAAAACAACGAAUAAACAAGUGGUCUGUAGAAUCUCACCAACAAGCUGAAGAAGACGAGUAAAAUGCAUGAAACUCAAGAAAUAUUACUUAUCCGCUGUAUUAAUGCACGCCUGCCCCGGCUGGAACCAAAGCUGCUUUGAUCGUAAUGUAGCAGUUUAGAUUACCAGGUGGUAGGUUGCAGUAAUCUAUUUUGACUAAACAUUCAAGACACUAGAACAUGGCUUGAGUGUAUUAUUGCUCCUUAAAUUAUCAUAGAAAUAUAUUACUUGUUAGUUGAUGCUA